AGCACUGUGGCUCAAGACAGCUCCAGGCUCCAGGGAGGCAGCUUGGAAGGCCAUGGCAUUCAUGCCUCAGAGACGUGGCCGUGCCCUCCCCGUUCUGCUGACGGCGGCAGUGUUCGGAGCGCUCCUGCAGGCAGCUCCCCGAAACUUCGUCGCUGGCCUGGCUCCGCGAGUGGCGCGAGCGCCAGCAGUUGCUGCAGAGGCGAAGGUGGAUGACAUCGUCGAUGAGCUGAAGACUCUGACCCUCACCGAGGCAGCGGAGUUGGUGAAGGCCAUUGAGGAGACCUUUGGAGUGGAUGCCUCUGCCUCCGCCGGGGCGGUCGUGAUGGCGGCACCUGGGGGCGGCGGCGAGGCAGAGGAGGCAGCCCCCGAGAAGACAGAGUUCGACCUUGUGCUGAAGGAGGUGCCAAAGGAGAAGAAGAUCGCCGUGAUCAAGGCGGUGAGGGCCAUCACCGGGCUGGGGCUGAAGGACGCCAAGGGCCUGGCGGACAACCCGGGGAAGAUCUUGGAGGGCAAGCCAAAGGAGGCAUGCGAGGACGCGUUGAAGCAACUGGAGGAAGCUGGCGCCACGGCGGUCAUCGAGUAAGCGCAUCCUCAGGCCGGAAUUUAGCCACAGACAUCUCCAUGCCUCAGCGUGAAUGCCCGAGCC